AAAUAAGCCUAUUAUUAUUGUGCAAAACACAGGACACGGCUUUUACAGUGCGAGUUCUUACCAAUAUUCGCGGGCGGUCGUGAAAGAGUCCCUGCGACCUAAUCCAACCGAACACAUUGAAAUUCUACUGCUCUACUCAGCAAAAUCUCCACUCGGCUCAGGAAGAAAUGGAAACUGAAAAAAUGGUUUGAUUGGAGCUUGGUCAAAUUAGGAGAGAAUGUGAGAAGGCAGGCAUAUGCAGAGGAGGUUGUGUAGUAAGAGGCAUGAAGGGACAGCGUUCGCACAGGCCAUCGAGCACGGAGCCGGACGACUGGGUUGAUGGCUCGUGGACGGUGGACUGCUCGUGCGGGGUCAAUUACGAUGACGGAGAAGAAAUGGUGAACUGCGACGAGUGUGGCGUCUGGGUUCACACGAAAUGCUCCAGUUUUGUGAAGGGCGAAACCUCCUUCGCCUGUGACAAGUGCAAGCUCAUCAAGAAGCGCCGCAACCAGGAGACCGAGGAGACUGAGGUCGCGCAGUUGCUGGCCGAGCUGCCCACAAAGACGAUGCGGAUGGAUUCCUGCUCUGCCAUAGCGCCCCCACUUCGCCCGGACCUGCCCAUGGACGACAGGGUUCAUGUGCAGGGCCUGCCGACCGGCGAUUCCUCCUUUAAGGGCCUCGGGAUUUUUUCCCCACAGCUCUGGAAAUGCACGGGGUACGUGCCCAAGAGCUUGAAUUUUCAGUACAGGGAGUUUCCUUGCUGGGAUGAGGAGAAGGAGAAUGUUGACGCGCAGGUCGAUCGCCCCGGCUUGGAGGUUGUGGUGGGAUUGAAGGCGGGGAUCGUUGAGGAGCCCGGUUCCAGGGACAAGUCUCAUCACAAGCACGAGCAGGGAAUGAAGGGCGAGAAGCAUCAGCAUCAUCAUGGACAUCAUCAUCGCCAGGGGAAGCGGAGGAAGGACGACAGAGAGCAUGGCGGAAAGAAGAGGGUGAAGUCCAGCGGGGAGAAGGAUAAAGAUGAGAAAUUGAAAAGGAAAUCUUCGUCACAGGAGGCGGGGCAUGGAUCUAGGGUUCUCUUCAGGUCUCUGCCUAACAAUCCGAAGGCUAUGCGGAACCUUGCAGCGCAAAAAUUCUUGGAUGAUGAUAUCAAAUUGCGAUCCAAGGUUGAAACGCAUGAACCACCCUGCCAUGAAUAUGUAUCUGGGGGUACUCAUGAAAAAAUUGAGGGUCCGGAUUGUGAAAUUGAGGAGGCUGUUCAUAAGUGUACCAAUUUUGAUAACUGUGUUAUUAAAACUGAAGAGUGCAGAGAAACACAGAUACCAGAUAUUGAAGUAAAUGGUACAUUCAAGAAGAAUGACGCAAAGAAGAAUGUUGAGAAAUCCAAAUCUGUAUCAGCUGUUAGGACUCAUUCAACAGAAAUGCUAGGUGACAGUUUUAUCUGCACUGUGUCCUCUGAAUCGCAAGUGAAAAUAGAUAAAAAAGAUAGCUCUGGUACUGGAAGAGUGGCAAAACUUUCACCCUGGAGGGAAUCUACUAAUGCUCAGCCUGAAGGAAGUGAAUUUGGAGGAGUCAUAGUUAAACAAGAGUUCCAGGAUGUAAAAACUGCAGUAAAAGAUGAUUUGAUGUACAAUGCUGAGAAGUGUAAUAUUGAUCUUCGAGAUUUUACUCAUCCUGCCAUUAAUGCAGAACAAGCUAUUGAUGUAGAAUUUCCAUCUUCAAAGUCUAUUUCUGAAAAUUAUCUUCAAGUAGAUACUCUUCCAAAUCACACGGUUACUUGCCCGUCAUUAAGUGGUAGUGCUGCUUCUGCUUCUUCCACUAGAUUAAUGAAAGUGCAAUGUGAGGUAAAGGAUGAAUCAAGUAUGCUGGAUGCAAAGGCAUCAUCGUGCUCAAAUGCUCAUUCCUUGAGAGAUAAAUUGUUAGGGAAGUCCAGCAAACUUCAGGUACACAACUCAGAUGAGCCGAUUUCUUGUUCACAAUCUAAGCAAUUAGCUGCCUCAGGAAAUUCUGUUAUAAAGGAAGCAACACAAUAUUCAGGUGUGGUUGGAAGGUCCUCAAGACCAGAUGAUGGUUUGCCGUCAUACAAGCAACUUCCUUUAGGGAAGAAACAAAUAGAAGAUCUUCAGGCUAGCAAAGAUGCCGAGGAUUUGACUGGCAAGUCAGGACAAAGCAAAGAAAACAUGGGCAAUACCGAUAUAAAGAGUGAACCGGAUUCUGCAAAACAAAUUGUAGUGGAAGCUGCUAAUUAUUCAGAUGAUUCAGCAUCAGAAGAAAGACAAUCUAAAUUGGAACAAUAUUCUCAAGGGUUUUCUGAGCAGGCACGAGUCUCUCCACAGCAGUCAUCAGUUUUGCAGCAGGAAAGCCGUUUACCAGUGAACCACCGUCCGAGAUUCACAAUGGGAUCAUCAAUAUAUUCAGCAAGUGCUAUAGUUUUAUCAAUGCAAGUACCAAGUGCAAGGUCUGUAGCUGGAAGCUCAAAAUCAGGUCCUGUGGCAGCCCAUUUGCAUAAGAAUACUGCAUCCGGUGUUGGUAAAACAUCCAACCCAAGUUCUGUUUCAAGAUCACCUAUGUCUGGGCCUAUUUCUGUAGCUAAUAGUAAGUCAUCAGAUCAAGUUAUGAAAUCAUCAGUAAAUCCAGUAUCUUCUUCACCAGCUACUAAGUCAGCUCAUCUAUCAAAGCAGCGUUUCAGGUCGGGCAGUCCAGCAGAUUUCAAGAAAGAUGAAGCUGGUAAUGCUUUUGGCAAAUAUUCAAAUUCAGGUAGUCCAGGCCGAGUUCCUCCUGAUGUAUUGUCAUUCAAACCCGUUGUUAAGGAGAAUGUAAAGUGCUCAACAAAUUCUGCAGUGAAAGCAGCAUCACAUGGGAAGGCAAGUAUUCAAGCUGGAGCUUCUAAGCAUGCUGUAUCAAAUUCAAAGGGUCAUAAGUCCUUUACGUCUUCAAAGUCAUCCUCUGGCCAGAAUGUGCCUCGUUCUUCAAGUUCUGCAGAGCAAGCAUCUGCAACGCAGUCACAGAAUCAUUUGUCAAUGCAAACAAAGCAAGUUACUUUUGGGGAAACUCACAAGAAUGAGAAGUUGAAUGUACAAGCUUCCCAAUCUGUGUCAAAGGCAAAUACUGCUUUGCCACAUUCGCACCCUCAAGUUGCAAACAGCGUCUCUGCAACCUUAAGUGAUGAAGAGCUUGCCCUAUUGUUGCAUCAGGAACUCAAUAGCUCUCCAAGAGUUCCUCGAGUACCACGUGUGCGACAUACUGGCAAUGCUCCGCAAUUGGCAUCUCCAACACCUCUUUCGGGAACCUUUGUGAAGCGGCCAACUGCUGUUACACCACAAUGUAGCUCUGUCAGUGGACAAAAAGAUCAUGCUCUGGUUUCAAGAAGAAGGGGGAGGGAAGACAAUGCAAGAGAGGGUUCUCGGACUCCUGUUCAAGGAUUGGAUGAAUCUAUAAAAGCUGAUGGACUUUUGUCUUCUCCCGAUACAAGGAGACUAGAAGAAAACAAUAGGGUUGAUGAUUUUGCUUCCUCAGGGAGAAGGGAGGUGCCUUCAGAUAACACUAACGCUGCAAAGAAAAAUUUAUCUCUAACUAAUUUAAACAAUAUGACAGAUGGAAGUAGUCAUUCCCUUGUCUUUGAUUCAAAUGAUGGGCCCUUGUCUAGUGUCCAUGUAUCUCCAGGUGAUUUGUCAGACGAUGCAGAAAAUAUGAUAACCGAAGGUAUUGCAUUGACGCUGCCAGGUAUAAUUGAUGAUAUUCUCAGCAAAGCUCCUGAAAUGUCAUAUGAACAAAUUUGUGAGGCUGUCCUGCCGCAUUGGCAAAAGCUAAGGAAACACAAUGGUGAGAGAUAUGCCUACACAAGCCAUUACCAGGCUGUUCUUGAUUGUUUAAGGAAUCGCACUGCAUGGGCUCAUCUUGUUGAUCGUGGACCAAAGACAGGCAUGGGUAGAAAGAGACGCAGGAUUGAUUUGGCUGCAGCUGCAGACUCAGAAAAUGAGGAAGAUGCUGAGGGUAGACAUUUUGUUCAUGAAGAGGAUCAACACAUGCUCAGAUCAAGCAAGUCGCAUGAUAUGGGUAGUGAGAGAACCGAUUCAUUGGUUUCUGAUAGACAGAAGGAUGUUGACACUGCUCCUUUAGAGGAAGUUCCCAAGGGCAAGCGUAAAGCUCGAAGGCGCAGACCAGUGGCAUAUAAAGGAAAAGAAGAUAUGGAUGAGUUUAAGAGAUCCAACAAAGAAGAUAAACAGAGAUAUAAAGUAGAGGGCUCAGUCCGUAUUUCCCAGGAAGAUGAACAUGAGCCCUUUUCACCAUCAAGUGAGGAUGCAGAAAGUAUUGACAGUGAAGAUGACAAUCACCAUGCUGCUCGUAAUGUGAGGAUGCGUUUGGCAAGCAGUGAUACAAGUGCCGAUGAUAUAGAGUCAACCCCAUCAAAUCUUGUGGCCUAAAUAAAAAACAUUAACUAGUAUUUGAGGUAGUUUGCUGCAAGAAUCUCAUGGUACAGUACAUAUGUCAAACACAUUUUUGAUUUGUAAUAUAGUUAUUCAUCUUGAAGAAAUGGUGAUGUGCAAGAACAAUUCUUUGUAUUUUAUUGUAACAAAAAAUCUGGUUUCUUCCAAUAAUUUUAGGCAAUGUUUAACUGAACAACUGUCACAUUCAUUCUAUCCUUCGGCAAUUUAGAUAUUGUGUCUGGGCCUGUAAGCAUUUCAUAGUUCAGCUUGAUGUCCAUGCUAUCAAGAUUUUGAGGUAAAGUGUCCCAAUCUAUGAAAUGCGGGGAAACUUCACGUACUGUUCAACAUAUCCAAUUUUUCUAGUUUUAUCACUUUCUUGGUACAAAGUGCUAAAUUAAAGCUUGGUUAUUGGUAUGGGGUGCUACUGAAUUUAGUGUUGCUACAUGGUAAUGCAGUCGCAGUGGUCAAUCUUUGUCCAUACAACUAUUUAAAGUCAUGAUUUUUUGACCUUGUUGAA